CGACGAACAGUCAUGGCGGCGUCUGCGGAGUUACCACCCGUCCCCAUUAUCUUGAAAUCUAUUCGACCUUAUAUGGCUGUAGCCAAGGAACUUGAUGCCAGGGAUCCCAUAGUUUCAUAUUUUUGUCGUCGCUAUGCCAUGGAAGAAUCAGUCAAGGUGAAAGACCGGUCUCCCGAAGUAACACAAUUUCAGUUUGCCCUGAUGGAUCAUCUAGAAAUUAAAAAGAAGGAGUUAGUUGCCUCUUCUCAACCGGAAGUACUGUCGAGUGAUAUUGUUGCGUCGGCUCACAUCGAGGAAUAUGCUUUGAAGUUGUUUGGGUAUGCCGACACUGAAGAUAGAAAAGCAGUCUUUAAUAAGCGUGUUGUGAAAUCCUUCCAUACAGCAAGCGUUCUUUUUGACGUUAUGCAGUCGUUUGGACCGUUAACUGAAGAGAUUGCACAGGCCAGAAAAUAUGCAAAGUGGAAGGUAGUUUACAUUCAUGGAUGUCUAAAGAAAGGAGAGACUCCGAUCCCUGGACCAGCAGGAGGACAAGAAGCAGAAGGAGCAGAAGGAGGUGCAUCCUUACCUCCUCCUUCAAGUCUCCAACCGGGCCCUCCAGCUCCAGCCCCACAGCAACCAGGCUACCCACCGGCAGGGGCGUAUCCACCUGGAGCUUACCCUCCACCUACCGGUGGUCCCGCUGCUGCUUACCCUCCAACCCAACCACCAUCAGUCAACCAGCUAGCACCAGGGGUACCCCCAGGUCAACACGCACCCCCAUCAACCCCAGACCAGGGGGGUGGAUACCAGGCCGGUAUGCCGGGACCAAGUGCAAGUACAUCAGAUGCAUGUGAGGUGUCACCUGCAGUCUCAGACAAGGCCCAGAAAUUCUGUAAAUUUGCCGUCAGCGCCCUCCAAUACGACGACGUUCCCACAGCAAUAGAGAACUUGGAAAAGGCAUUGAGAUUACUUCAAACUGGUAAAGAAUAAGAGAUGGACUUUUACAUGGCAUUCAUUCUAUGAAGCAUUGAAUAUGUUGUGAACGGAUCAACUCUUGUAGGAGUUGGAUAUUAAUUGUGACAUGACUAAGGAUCGUUCACAUUUGAUGGAACGGGCAGCUCCUUUAUGUACUGCAAAAAUAGCAUUUUGGAAAGAAGAUCACUUAGUUGCCAUGGUGAUUGUUUUGAUUAAUACUUACUACUAGAAUAUUAUUUAUUGCCUCUUCAAUUUUAAACAUAGAAGGUAGGUCGUCUUAACAAUCAUUGUGGCUUGUAAAUUAGCAGCUAGCAAUAUUAUGAAAUGUAUGAAUUUUUAGCCCAUUAACAAUCAUUUCCCUCGGGAACCCUCACACGCAGGUCUUCCAAUAGGGAAAUGAUUAAUUUCAGUAGGUCAAGUUCAUACAGCAGUAGAAAACAUAGAAAGGGCAUUGAGAUAAUUCUUUUAACUGGUGAAGAAUAGGAGAUGAAUUUGAAAUUACUUUUCAUUUAAGAAGAAUUAUAUUUUUUGUGAUUUAGUGGGGGGGGGAUGAGGAGACUUGAAUACGAAGCAUCAUAUUGUUGGGUGCUGAUAAAACUUUUACAUUUAUGUGGAUAGCUCAGCUAAAUCUCUACAUGAUAUUUUCCUAUUGGAAAUGGGAGAAUCUUUUUAGAU